CUCAGCAAGCUGCGCCACAUUUUCAACCGCUUGCAGCCGUCAUAGACGCGCUCAUAGUUGGUUUGAGCAGGAGUCGUAUGGCCGGGCAGGGCCAUGGGUAGCGGAUGCUUCAAGGGAAAUACUCCCUAUGAGCCGCUGGCCGCCGAUGAACCGCCGCCGGGGCCACCAGACCUCAGCAUCAAGUUACAGCCGGUCCUGAGAGCGACCUCACGACCCGGGAAAUGUAGCAGCCAGGAAUUAGAUUCCUUACUCGAUCGCCUGGCAGAUGCUGGAGAUGAGGCGCCUCCCUGGCUAUUACAUUGGGCUCGCCGGCAAACCCCCAAGGCGCGUAGCAGCUUGGUUGCGCUCUGCCAGCGACUGCUUUCCAAGGUCCUUAGGCCAAAGGUUGUAGCCGCGCAAGAAGCCUUGAAGUCCGCGCCCGGAGAGGGCGCGGAAGGGGUUGACUUUGGCAAGUUGGCUUCCAUUUGCGAAGAUGCGUUGAGGUUCCAAGCCAUCGAACGCGAUGCGUCCAGAGUGCUCUGCCAAGUGCUAAGCGGGGUGUCAAAGUUGCCUCCCACUGCCGCUCCAUCGGAGUUUGUGGUGCAGGACUUGGACAGCAUCGUUUUGUUCUUCCAGCGCGCCUUCAUUGGACAGCGAGCUUCCAGUGCAUCCAAGCAGUUGGUGCAACUUCGUGAGUUGGAAGCCGAAACGGGCUUGCCCCCCGUGCAGGAGCAUCUAGCCCUUCUUGGAGGCCAAGCCAAAGGUCUUCUGCUGGGGAUGCUGCUGGUACCAGAGGAUGCACCUCCAUGUACUGUGGUCGUUGCUCGGGACGGCGGACUACUGGAUGUGGCGCCACAGCUUCCUCUGCAUACAAGUAUUCUUCUUCCCUAUUUCGAGGA